AUGGAGGCCUCAGAGAUAGUAGAUUGUCAUCCUGAAACUGCUAUAGAAACAUUCAAGAUCAGCAUGAUUCAGGAAACCAAGUUCCAUACCUCCCUAGUCAAAUAUUCCCCUCCGGACAUGCAAAUUCUCAAUGCUAGGGCACAAAUCUACAUUCGACUUAAGAAAAAUGUAGCCUACCGAGCGCAACAUGCCACCUUUGUCACGGUAGAAAAUAAGCCUCUGGAGAAAGCUUCGAGUUCAAAAAGUCAAAAAACCCAGCAUACCUCAACACCAGUCGCUCAGGUACCAGAAAAAAGGUUAAGGACAAAGGAGAGGUUCACUCCCCUGCGUACAACCCUGGCUUGGCUAUUCCAAGAAAACAAGAUGAGGUUCAUAGCCUCCCAGCCAAUAAGGCAACCCUUGGAGCAAAUGGACAAAAGUAAACACUGUGCUUACAAUAGGGAUUGCGGACAUACAACCAAUGAUUGUAGAUCCUUUAGGCGGCAAGUGGAAAACAUGAUAACCAGAGGGGAGUUAGCAGACUACCUCACACCAAAAGAGCAAGUAAAGCCUCGGGAGAUCAAUCCUCGGAAAGUAGAAGGAAAGCAAGUGAAGGUUAUCCAUGCGAUACAUGGGAGAUCAGAAGACAACCAAAAGUUAGAAGAGGUAUACCGAUCUAGACUGAGGACAAGCUACAAGCUAAGGAAGCUGUCCUCGGUAAACACUAUCGCUUCAAGUCGUAUCAGUAUUGGGUUCGGUGAUGGAAAUUUAUGCAGAGUUUAG